UGGACCAAACCACUUGCGCUUAAGAAGAGGGGAGAAUAGGACAAAGCCUGAAAGUAGUUUCACUUUCCAAAUUCCUGUGGUUAUUUCAAACAAGCAUGGGAGGAGGAGCUGGUUAAUAACCACUAGAAGGGUGUUUCUACAGAAAUGCUGAGAGCAUGGUUGGGGAGUGUGCGCCCACCCCUUGGCUGCUGCCUGUUAAUGUUUCUUAUAGUCUGCAUGGCAAUUACUGGGGACUGCAAGUAUAUGGAGCUGCAUCUGGACACCCUACAAGAUGCAUGGGAAGGACACCGCUUAUUCACCCACGUACUUUGUACUCAUGAUCCCAGUCUUCUGCUUUUAUCCUUAUUCCAGCUUCCUAUUGUGUGCUGGCAGAUAGAGAAACACGUGGGGACAUUGCAUUUUCUGCAGCUCUCUUGUCUGUGCACCCUCUGCACUAGCACACUUUAUCUCCUGCUGUCCUGGCUGCUGCCUGUACCCACAGUGCCAGCAUCUGGUUACCUGGCUACAGAGUUUGCCUUGAUGACAGCUCAGCGCCAUUCCCACACUAAACUGACACCUUUGCUGCUCUGUGGGAUUCUUAUUACUGAGCUCCUGUGUACACAUUCUGUACUUCUGCUGCACAUCUGUGGGAUCAUGAUUGGCCUGACUUUCCGCUAUAGAUUACACACUUUCUUGAAGCUAACAAAGUCGCAUAGAAGAGCGCUGGAAAAAUGUGGGGUAUUUCAAUACCUGGCAUCUGUUCCCAUUGUAAAAUUUGUUCCUUCUAAGGAUGAAGACACUCUUCUGCCAGAGACUGACCCCAGAGCCCAACAAAGGCCUCCUUUUUUGCAGUCUGUUGUCUCUCAGUCUGCCAUUCUUAAUGAUAUACCCUGGGGGGAGUUAUCCUCUGACACUUGGUUACAUAAUUGCUUAAGAGACCCACCACCAACCUCACUAUUAAUGGAACCGGAAGAGUUGGAGGAACAGCUACUGAGGGCUAGCAUCCAAGCAUCUCUAAGAGAGUACAAGAAAGAAGAGCCUGAAACACAAGAAAUCCAGAAAUCCAGCGUGUCUGCACUCAGGCUGCAGCAGUUGGAAAGGAUGGGCUUUCCCACUGGACCUGCAGUACUGGCAUUAGCAGCAACAGGAAAGGUGGAAAGAGCAGUGUCCCUGCUUGUUGAGGGACAAGUUGGAGCAGACAUUAGAGUGACAAGUGAGAAGCCAACACAGAGGCACUGUGACACCAGAACAAGCCUAUAAAUGUGAAAUCACUGAAGAAUACUUGUACAGACAUUAAGCACACAAAUCCUUAACUGCUAUACAAACCUUGUAUAAUAGAGUAUUUAGAUCCUUAUCAGUCUUUGCAUGGUGUAAAAUGCUGCAGUAUUUUCAAGCACAGGAACUAUGACAAGACCAACUUUCUGACUGUUUUUAAAAUUAUGAAAUAUACAUCAUUUCUAGGGUUUUUGAAUAAACAAGACAAAAUGAUGGGA